CCCUUCCCUCCCCCCAAACCCCUGCCGAACCCUGCCGAUCUCUGCCCGCCCCAUGCCGCCCAGCUAGACAUGCCAUCGUGAACGAGAGACGGAUCCCCCACCCAACAACCCACCAUGCUUGCCCUGCGCCGUGCCAGCAAACCCUCGCCACGCUCUCCCUUUCACCAUCUUUCACAUAUCAACAGCGCCUUCUCCCAGCCCGUCGUGACCUCCCUCACCCAAUGACAUUCCCACUUUCCUGAACUUCCUCAAACUCUGCACCACCCGAACAGCCGCCCACCGCCGCAGAACUUUGCAUACUCUCCAUCAAGGCUUUGCGCGACACCACCCCCACCACCCCCACCACCCCUUGUGUCCAACCCAAAUCCAUCACCCUGGCAUCCCUACGACGUUCCACCAUGCCGAGUGAGGCACAGAUGGCAAAGUUCAUGUACUACAUUGUCAAGCAGCUCGAUGUGCGCAGUGUCGACUGGAACCUCGUCGCUAGCGACAUGGAAAUCACUAACGGCCACGCGGCCCGCAUGCGCUUUGCCCGCUUCAAGAAUCAGAUGGAAGGCACAGUCCCCAAGGCCCGCGCGCCCCGCGACAAAUCUCGCGCCCCAAAAGCCAAGCGCGUCAAGACCAAGGACGAGAAGAAGGAGGAGGACGGCGGCGAGAAGGCCCUGCUGAAACUGAAGCUCGAAGAGGGUGCCACGGCCGAUUCGGCUCCCACCUCGGGGGGGCCCGCGGACCAAGCUCCGGUUAGGUCGCCGGCAGUCAAGCCCGAGCCGGCGGACGACGUCAUGCUUGGGGAUGAGGAUGCACCGGGCGAGGAUGUCCACGAGAGCGAAAUCCCAAAGCAGACCGCGCACGUGAGUGCCACACCCUCUCACUCGCCGCCGAACUCGACCAUCCCGACGCCAUCACACCCACUCACAACUCCCACGCACCUUCAGGAAUCGCUCUACCACCAGCUCUUACCACAGCCACGCCGGCCCUCGGUCAACUUCUCGCCCGCCUCUAGCUUCACCUUCUCCGCGCACGAGAUGAUGUCCUCCCAGGGCAGCAUGUUCAUGCAGUCUAUGGAGGGCGUGGGGUCGCAGGAUAUGGGGAUGGCGUCGACGAGCGCAUUCUAUGAUCCGUUUAUGUUCGUGUCGCCUCAGCCACAGCAGCAGCAGACGCUGCUGGAUGCGCAGGGGAGGCUGGUGAAGGGCGAGCUUCAGUGGGAUACGUCGUUUUGUUGAUGGUUGGGCGGAGCGAGAUGAAUAAUGAAUCGGCGGGCGGGAUUGAUAAAAUGCUGACGUUGGCGAAGUCGGAUGGGAUGGAUGGAUAAUAUGGGUUCGUGUUGGAGUUCUUGCAUGGAUGACGAAGGUAGGGUGAGCUUGUAGGUAUUUUGUGUGUGUUUGAGCUUUUUUUUGUCGUCACGGAUACCAUAGCAUAGAUCGUUUUGGAUUUGGAAAUAAUGAUGGGAAUUAGAUUAGAUGGAUGCAAGGGAGGGC